AUAUCACGAUUAUACAUAAAUUAGAUAAAUAUGGCAAGCUCAAUUGCCGAGGUAACUGCUUUCAGACGCAGGUCUCUCACAAAGGAAAAAUCAAAAACCAAGGAAUAUCUAUUUGGUACAAUUAGCGCUGAUGAGGUAGAAUGGGCGAAAAAUGCACUGGACACCGGAGCACAAGUUAAACGGCUGGGACUUAAGGACAGUGAAACUGACAGAGCGUCAACAGUAGACUCAGAGACUGUACAGAUACAUACAGACACAACCGAUGUGUGUGUGCAGAAUGAACACACAAGUAUAAAGGAUCUAAUCGAGAAUGUGCAGGAACUGAGCCUUAAAUUAGGCGCCGAAGGGCGCCAGCGCGAGUCCCUUGAAUUACAAAUUACACAACUCAGAGAGCACAAUUCACAACUUAUGGCGAAAUUAAACGCCGCGGAAUCGAAUAACAAGGAUGUAGAUGCAUACACAUCCGCCCUGGCGACAAUCCGGAAGCUUGAUGUACACGCAGCUGGACAGAACUGCGAACAGAUAAUGGAUACCAUUUACGCCGCCAUAUGUGAUACCUUUGGACCUGAAAACAACUUGGCAUUGUUGUUCGAAGAGUUGGCGGACGUUUAUCUGAAAACGGAAUCGAAGCGUGAACUUGAAAUACAAGCCCUGAAGAAGCAAAUUGAUUUUCUAUCGCGGUUCGAAAAUGUAUUCAAAGGAGAAGUGCAACCAAAUGCAAAGACCUUGGAUGCACUGGUAGACCAGUUAAAGGUGUCAAAGGAGGAAGCUACAGCCGAAAUCUCACAACUAAAAGCACAGGUGGAAGCCCUGUCACAGGAUAAUGAAGACCUAAAGACACAAAACAAAAACAUAGUGGACAAGUUUGAAACCGAAAGAGAUGAACUGAAUGUUAAGGUAUCAGUGCACCAAGAUAGGUACCAGCAAAUGAUGCGCGAUCAAGCGCAACUAUUAUCGCAAUUGCCACUGCUCAAACUGUCACCCACCAACCAAAGUGCAGAAGAUGGCGUACUCAGGCAAACUGGUAAGACCACCCUAGAGUCACUAGUAAGCGCACUAUACCGCAAGGACGCAGAAACACAAAAAUUACUAAAGAGAAAAGAGGAUAUUAUACAACAGCAAAUGUCUAAAAUCAAUAAACUGGAAGCUAGGGUCAAGGAAUGGGAAGCAGAUGCAAUACUGUGGCUGGACUUUGUAAACCAAACUAACGUAAACAACAAACUGGCAAUUAAAGAGACUUAGCAACAUGUUCCUUCU